AUGCAUUUUGGAAUUAUAUUAAAGUGCUUAAGUGGAGUAUUUGUGUUGCUUCACGGCGCAAAAUGUGAUUCUUGCGCGGGAUUUCAAUCAAAUUCUCCAUUUGGGAUUAGAAAUCACGGCACUGUGGCUCUUAUUUUAGCACGUGGUGGCUCCAAGGGGAUCCCAAUGAAGAAUCUGGCAAAACUCAAUGGGGAAUCAAUUCUCUUGCGAGCUCUUAGAACGAUAAAAAAUUCAAGAAUUUUUAGUGAAAUUUGGGUUUCAACGGAUAAUGAUUUGAUUGCAAAUGAGGCAAAAUCCCUCGUUGGUGUCUCUGUACACCGGAGGCCAGGAGCAGUUGCUCUGGACACAACGUCUUCCAUUGAGAGUGUUCAGGAAUUUCUGCUUCAUCAUCCAAGCAUCCACAGCAUAGCUCUCAUUCAGUGCACAUCAGUUUUUCUUAAGGAAACCUAUUUAAUUCAAGCUCAUGAGCUUUUCCAAGAAGCUGAUUGCGUCUUUUCAGUCACAAGAAGUCAUAAAUUAAGAUGGAAACUGAUUAAUGGCAAGCUGAUCCCUGUGAAUUUCAACCUCUCCAAUCGCCCUAGACGUCAGGAUUGGGAUGGAGAUUUCCUCGAGGCAGGAAUGUUCUAUUUCGCUAAAAGAAAAUUGCUAGACCUAGGAAUUUUCCAAACAAAUUCAUGCAAAUUUGUGGAAAUUGACCCGGAGGAUUCUCUUGAAAUUGAUAAGCAAGCAGAUUUAGAAUUAGCCGAAUGUCUUCUCAAUGCACGCAAAGUAGAGAAAAAAAAUAGUGGAAAUUUUUGUAAUAAAAAAUAA